AUGUUGAGCAGUUGCUUGGUUAAAAGUUCACUUUUCCUAAAAAUGCAAGCCAGUGUAAAAUCCGGAGUCUACGACUACGAGGGAAAUAUUUCAGAAGAACAGAUAUUAGCAAGAGCUGCAGCUAACAGAGAUAUCCAAUUAUCGACCAGCGUGUUCGCAAUGAGUUGUGUAGCGGCUUUGGUAUCUUCCUAUUUCAAAGCCCCAUUAUUCAUGCAACAAUAUUCACUACCCUACCCAAUAUGGUUGCCAUAUAAGAUUACAUCUUAUUGGAGAUACUUUCCAUCGAUGAUAUUUGUUUGGUUCAUAGCUGAGUCGAUGGUGACCUGUGCUUGCUCCAAUUGGGUAGCCUAUGUGACCAUGGCUGGUCAUCUUAUUGGUCAGUUCAAGAUUCUUGUCAUAGCUAUUAAAGAGAUCGAUGGCUUGGCAAAGGGAGAGGAUGCAGAAAUUAAAGUAAAGGCGAGAAUAAAGUGUUGUGUGCAGCAUCAUCUAAUAUUGAUAAAAUUUUUCUUUGAUAUACAAUCUUACUUUAACACUUCACUAUUAGUGGCUGCUUUCAGCACAGGUCUCAUUUUGUGCACUCUUGGCUACCUUGUUAUUUCUCCUGAGACUACUAUGGCAAUGGCAGGUUCUCUUUUAUUUGUUCUGAUACCUGAGCUUUGCGUUGCAGGAUAUUAUUGUGUUCUUGGACAAAAAAUUGCUGAUGUUACUGAAGAGAUUGGAAUAACGAUAUACAGCUUAGAAUGGUAUACAAUGUCCCUGCCAGUUCAGCGAGAUCUACUUAUGAUGUUAGUUGGAAGUAAGAAAACCAGGCAACUCACUGGUUUUGGACUCCAUGAAUUUUCUAUUAAAGGAUUAUCAGAGAUAUUGCAGGCAUCAUUCACUUAUUUCAACAUGUUAGUGGCACUGAGUGGUGGAAAGUAAUGAUUUGUUUGGAAAGCAAAAAAAAAAAGAUUUUUAUUGCUACAGCUUCAAUUCACUACUGCCAUCUGAAUUUUUUUUUCAAGUUUAUUGUUUGAUUCAAAGAGAAAUAAAAUAUUAUGAGCAACUAUUGAUGAAUGAGCAACCAUUGAUGAAAAAGUGUAAUUAUUUCAUACUUAAGAAACUAUUUUUCAAGCCAUGAAACAUGAGCCUUUACUUUUGUCAUUCAAAUUUCAUUUGCAUAAUUAUUUUUAAUGACUUCACAAAAAAAAGGUCUGGUUUUCUUAUCACACAUAUUUCAUUUACCUCUCUGCUUUAAACAGAAAUUAUUUUCUGACAAUGUUUUUAAAGUGCAUUUUUAAUGGUGGUAAAUAUUUUACAGUAAACUGUAAAAACUUAAGGCCAUUUAAAUAGCACAAACUCUAUUUAUUAUAUUAAUGAUAGACAAUAUAUAUCUCACAGCUAUAUUUGUCUAUUUGAGCCAUAUAACUCCAUUCUCUGAACUGUGUAUACAAAGAGAGAUUUCGAAGGACAUAAAUAUAUUUAAUCCAUAAAUGCGUAAGGAUUGUUCUAGAUAGUAAAACUAAUAGAAACUAAUUCUGAAUAACAAUUUACAUGUUAUUAAAUCUUAAUUUUACUCUGUAAAAUUUACUAAAAUGAAGUUAUGAGGUUUUCAUUGCUUACCAUCGAUAUAUCAACAGUUAUCACACUAAUUAAAAGUGGAUAAUGUAAUUUCACAGUGAGAAAACUCAUAGAAUUAUUCACGAAUUUAAUUUUCUAUCAUGUUACUUAUAUUUCAGAAUAAACUGUCUAUAUAUACCUAUUUAAAUUUAAUAUUUUGUCUAAAGUUAUUUAACUACUGUAAAUAUAUUUAAGGUUAUAAACAUAUGUUUUACACAUGAGGUUGGUGGUUCUUAAAAGUUCCAAUGAACAUGCUCUUCUACUUUAUAGUAUAGGUUUAUUUAUUUUGGCAUAAUGUUCAAUUAGUUAUAAUACAAUUAUAAUAAAAACUAUAUAUAAAAGCAGUUGUAACAGAAUUAUCUGUACAAGGUUAUCAAUAUGGUACUAUUAAACAUAGUUUCAUUAAUCUUGGAGCGAUACAGGUGUCGACCACUAGACUUUAACACAAUAUAUUACAUUAUGAAUUUACAUUUAGGAUGUAAAAUAUCUAAUUCAGUACUGGAUAUUUCUAAUUGGUGCAUAAUUAGUCAUCUUUCAUCAUCCAGGAUUGACUUGAUUCUAGACUAGAAGUGGAAUAUUAGUCUUUUGCUAGGAAGAUGUCAGAAGUACAAUCACCUCCGGGAUAUCUAAAAACAGAAAGAAUCUUUCUUGUCUUAUUUAUA